AUGAAGGUUCUCAGUCUCAACUUCCUUACGUGCGCCGUCAAGGCCUGCAAGUCAUCGUCCAACUCGUAUCCUUUACACCCUCAGGAUGCAGAGCUUGUGCAGGAUGAGAUCGAGCUCAACCCGGAUAUGCUAAUCAACGUGCUGCCACGUCUGGACUGGACAGCCCUCCGCACGACAUCAUCAGAGCUGGGCUUUCCUGCGUUGCCUGAGCAAGCCCCUACACUGGAAGAGCUGCAGGCUGAUGAGAAGACGAUGCGGGAUCUUCACCACUUGUUACUGGAGACUCAGAUAUCCGAGGGAAAGCUGGUCUGCGCCAACUGCGGGCAUCAAUAUGCUGUGAAGGAAGGCAUUGCGAAUUUCCUGCUGCCAAGCCACCUGGUUUAAAAGUAGUCAAGCAUGAGAGCAUGAAAAUUAGAACUCGAGGAUUUUCGGAAUGAUAGGAGUCUAGGCGUUUGUUUGGUCAUCCCAUACGGCUGAGGGAGGCUGGAUGGGGGGGGGGAAAGAGAGUCAUACUUCGCACGAUGCAAUCUACCUAGGUACUUAUGUCACAUUGUCUCGACAUAGGACAAAGUACCAAAGCAUAUUAUUCGAUAUGAUACACAUGAAAAGCAAUGCAUUUCCCACAUUCUAAAUUAAAGAGAAAGAAAAAAAAAUACUGUUACAGGAUCCUUAAAGCACAGACUCGCUACAUGAUAUCUUGCUGGGUGCGCAGUGCAUUAUCAUUACUGAUUCUUCUUCUGUGCGGCAGGGCCCAUGUCUUUCUCAAAUGCACCAUAUGAAACUUCAAGGCUACCAAGGGCUUUGAUUCCAACGCCGAGAAUAGAAAGCAGAACAAUGGCGGUGAUGAGGGCCAUAAAAUACCGGGAGUGAAGAACUGGUACUUCUCGAAAAGGGGAAGCUUGUCCCAGUCAGUCUUGUUGUCUCGCUUUUGCAGCUGUGCGCUCUGAACGUGUCUCUUCAGGUCCAUGCGAACGGGGUCUACGAAAUCGGGCUCGUAAGUUGGCUCAUGUGGCGUGGAAAAAACGACGAUUGUGUAGCUGUUGUCUGCAUUUGCCUUUGCAAGGCUUCGUGCCAGUGCAUCAUC